CAAAGCCUCCGCAAAACCCUUCCGUCUUUCUCUCUCAGAAAGUUUUCCAUAGAAACAAACAGCAAAAAGUCACCAACACCCAUUCCUUCUACAGCCAUGGAUUUUCAGAGUCUCACAAGGAGAGAGCUCCAAACUCUGUGCAAGAAGAACAAGAUCCCAGCCAACAUGACCAAUGUGGCCAUGGCUGAUGCUCUCAAGGCUCUGCAAAAUGUUGACGGACUUGAAGAGCUCCUCAACCCAUCUGAAUCCCAAAACCCCCAAUCCCCAGAAAAGCCAGAAAUUGGAUCACCGGAGAUUCCUCGAACAGUUUGCAGAACAUCCACAAGAAGAAGGCCCAUCAAGGCAGCAGAAGAGCCUGAAAGUUCACAGACUCUGACCCGGACUCACCGUGGAACCAGGAGGAUCAAAGAAGAGGUAAAUCAGGAGAAGAGUGAAGUACGCCAAACUCCAGCCGUGCCCAGCAGCCGGAAAAGGGCUCCAGCAGCCUCAGCUCGCCAGAAGACGGUGACCCGGGUGGAGCAAAGCUCGGUGCAGCGAGUGUAUAGCACACGAAGGUCAGCCAGGUUAUCAGAGAAGUUGCCCAGAACAGAGCCCAUGGAGGUUGAAUUCUCCAAGGUGAUGACCAAAGAUUUUGAUGGAGAUGAAGAGGAAAACAAGGGAGCUGAUUCACAGACAAUAUCAGAAGAUAAUUCAAAGAUAACCGAUGAUUCAGAGGUCAUUUCAAAGUCUGUCCUGAGUGGAAAUGAUUCAAAAGCUGAAGUUGAAGAGAAUACUGGGGAUUCUGCCAAACCCGAUAAUUCAGAUUUUCUUGAAGUUUCCGAGGAAAAAGAUGAAGCUCAUGAUGAGCAGGAGAACACAGAAGCUGAGCUGCAGAAAAAUUCAGAAGUGGAUUGUGAGAAAAUGGAAGGAUCAAAUAAACUUCUGAGUGAAAUCCUGAAAACAUCAGUGCAUUUGAAUGAUGAAAGCACAGUAAAAAAAGUUAUAAUGUCAAAUACCAAAAAUUGGAAUGAGGGUUUGAAACUGGAGAAUGAGCAGCAGCACGGGGAAUCUGAUCUGGAACUGGACCUUACUGCUCCACCACAAGCUUCUGUUGAUGAUUCAAGUUGUGAUUCUGAGACACGAGAGUUGAAUUUGUCAAACACCAAAAAUCUGAAUGAGGACUCAAAACUGGAAAAUGAGCACAGGGAAUCUGAUCUGGAACUGGAUCUUACUGCUCCACUACAAGCUUCUGUUGAUGAUUCUGAGAAACCAGAGUUGAGUAUGAGUGCCUUUGCUGAUGAAGUUGUAUGCCAAAACCCAGUGAGCAUGGACUCUGAAAUGAAUGUGACCAGUGAAGGAGAGCCUGACGAUGAUGAUGAUGGCAAGGUAGCAGAUCAAGGCGACUGUGAAGAAUUCGAUAUGGAUUUGAACAAGAAGGCUGGGGAUGCAUUUUCCGGUGAAUCGGGUUCUGAUUGCUCUGUUGUUGAUCAAUCAGAAGCACAGGUUGAGCUUGAAUUUGCCAAACUGGGAAGCAUGGACUUUGAGGAUGUUUCACCUCCCUCCAAUGGUUAUGAUCCAAUGUCGAUGACUGGAGAGCCUCAUUCUGAAGUUUGUGUUAAUGUUGAUGAGACCAACAACUUAGUUGAACCAUUGCCCAAGGGAGACGAAAUGUCGGUUGUUUUUCAUGAACUGAACACUGCAGAAGAAAAUGCCAUGGCAGUCUACAAAUUCCCUUCAUUGUUGGACAAUUUUCCAACUCCAGUAAAGAUAACGAGUCCUCAUCGUCCAGCAUCCAACACUGCAGUUUCAGGCAGAACCCCAUUGUCUCCUUUGGCAGCUUCCCCACUUCUAGGCCAGGCUCCUCUUCCAACCCUGUCAACUCCAACCAGGAAAUCAUCAAGCAAGAUGCCUUCAGCCACAAAAAUGAUGACACUCCUUUCUGACAACAAGGAGAACCUAGACAACAGUGGCAGGAAAAUGGUGCUUAAAACUCAGACGGAAAAGAAGAAAAACAGCAGGGACACUGCCGAGGAUAUAAUGCUGAAGAAGUUCAGUGACACCAGUUUAAGGCAGCUGAGGAAGAUGUUCAAAGAGAAGCUGCAGAUCAAGGAAAAUACAAACAAAAACAAUGAAGAUAUGAAUGAUGUUAUGGAGGUGGCCAAGAUGAGACCAGCCUUGCAGACACUGCCAGAGAACCGUAUGGCUGAGGUUGAAACUGGAAAGGAAAACUGAUAGAAGGGAAGCAAUGAAACAACUUUUUCCAUGCUAAAUUGAAUUUUCGCCCUGGGGUUUUUACAGACACUUGCAUUGCCUCCUACUCGGGCAAUAUCAGAGUUUUGGUGAUAUUUUUCUGUGUUCUUUAUUGGUUUUUCGAGCUUAAAAGAUAGAUACUGCUGCAAUAAUGGGUGGGGCUUCUCACCCAUAACACCCAGAACUGUUUUUGCCUCCUACUCCGGCAAUAUCAGAGUUUUGAUGAUAUUUUUCUGUGUUCUUUAUUGGUUUUUCGAGCUUAAAAGAUAGAUACUGCAAUAAUGGGUAACACCCAUAACACCCAGAACUGUUUUUGGUCCUACUCGGGCAAUAUCAGAGUUCUGUCUCUUUUUCAUUCAUUUUUUUUUUUUUUUUUCAGUUUUUCAAGCUUAAAGAUACUGUAAUAACUGUGGUGGUGCUCACCCAGAAUAUUGAUUUUCAAUUAGUAAGAAAGAAAUCCAACAUUUAAGGGC